AUGACCAGCCUGAAGGAAAUCUGCCGCGGCCUUCCUCUACACCCUCUGCCCGAAAACCGAGGUCAGAGGAAAGGAGUACCCCAUGCACCUGUGAGAACCCCUAAUCUCACUGCUCAGGAGAAAAAGCUGGCUUUGCAGAAUGCCUUGCGUUAUUUCCCACCUGAAAUACAAAAGUUACUGGCACUGGAAUUUGCCGAAGAACUCAGGCUGUAUGGACAUAUAUAUAUGUACAGAUUCUGUCCAGAUAUUGAGAUGAGAGCAUACCCCAUAGAAGAAUAUCCCUGCAAGACCAAAUCAGCUGCUGCUAUUAUGCUGAUGAUCAUGAAUAAUCUGGAUUCCUCAGUGGCUCAGUUCCCCCAGGAGCUAGUCACUUACGGAGGAAAUGGGCAGGUCUUCAGCAACUGGGCGCAGUUCUGGUUGGUCAUGCACUAUUUGUCAGAGAUGACUGAAGAGCAAACACUAGUAAUGUACAGCGGACAUCCUCUGGGACUCUUUCCCAGCCAUCAGCAUGCUCCUCGAUUAAUCAUUACUAAUGGUAUGGUUAUUCCCAACUAUUCUACCAGAGACGAAUAUGAGAAGAUGUUUGCUUUGGGAGUAACAAUGUAUGGUCAGAUGACUGCAGGGAGCUACUGCUAUAUUGGGCCUCAGGGGAUAGUCCAUGGGACUGUGCUCACAGUGCUGAAUGCAGGCCGUCGCUAUUUGGAAGCGGAAGAUCUGUCUGGAAAGGUGUUUGUUACCUCUGGUCUUGGAGGAAUGAGCGGGGCUCAAGCGAAGGCUGCAGUCAUUGCUGGCUGUGUGGGGAUCAUCGCAGAGGUUGAUGAAGCAGCUCUUUUGAAACGUUACAAGCAAGGAUGGCUGAUGGAAAUCUCUGAUAACCUGGACCACUGCAUUACUCGCCUCAGAGAUGCAAGAAAGAAUAAAAUCGCCCUUAGUUUGGGUUACCACGGGAAUGUGGUAGAUUUGUGGGAGAGACUUGUGUAUGAGCUAGACACAACUGGAGAGCUGCUAGUCGAUCUGGGAUCUGACCAAACUUCGUGUCAUAACCCAUUCAGUGGUGGAUACUAUCCAGUUCAACUCAGCUUUGAAGAAGCAAAGCAGCUCCUGUCCACCAGUCCAGGGAAGUUCCGCACCCUGGUGCAAGAGAGUUUGAGGAGACAAGUGGCUGCUAUUAAUAGACUAGCUGAUAAAGGCAUGUUUUUCUGGGAUUAUGGCAACGCUUUUCUCUUGGAAGCUCAAAGGGCUGGUGCUGAUGUUGAAAAAAGAGGAGCCAGUAAAACAGAAUUCCGAUAUCCUUCCUAUGUUCAGCACAUCAUGGGGGACAUUUUUUCCCUGGGAUUUGGGCCAUUUCGCUGGGUUUGCACCUCAGGUGACCCACAGGAUCUUGCUACCACUGACUCAAUCGCCAUGUCUGUGCUGGAGGACUCCAUACGUAGGGGAGUGAGCGCAUCUGUGAAGCAGCAGUACCAUGACAACAUCCGCUGGAUUCGGGAAGCUGGCAGGCACAGCUUGGUUGUUGGCUCUCAAGCUAGAAUCUUAUAUUCUGAUCAGAGGGGUCGUGUGUCUAUAGCCGUGGCUAUUAAUCAAGCGAUUUCUGAAGGAAAGAUUAAGGCUCCAGUAGUCCUCAGCCGAGAUCACCAUGAUGUGAGUGGGACCGACAGUCCUUACAGAGAAACGUCAAAUGUUUAUGAUGGAUCUGCCUUCUGCGCAGACAUGGCAGUACAAAACUUUGUAGGAGACGCAUUCAGAGGAGCUACCUGGGUCGCCUUGCACAAUGGUGGUGGUGUUGGCUGGGGUGAAGUGAUCAAUGGGGGCUUUGGCCUUGUUUUGGAUGGGUCCACAGAGGCUGAAGAACGAGCUAAGAUGAUGCUCAGCUGGGAUGUUUCCAAUGGAGUUGCCAGACGCUGCUGGUCAGGUAAUGACUACGCUUAUGAGACAAUCUGCCAAGCAAUGAAAGAGAAUGUCACAUUGAAGGUGACUCUCCCGCACAAGGUGGCAGAUGAGAGCAUCUUGGAGCAAGCCUUGCAAUGUUAAUGAUAUUCCAAAUGCAAUGUUGUCCUUGCAGAUGCACUCUGAAGUUGCUUCCUUGAUACCCUUCUUUGCUUUCUGGCUAAGUGAUAAAACUCUUGCACAUGUCUCUUCUAGGGGAGUUUCUUUCCCCCGCCCCAGCCCUUCCUUUAACUCAUAAGGGGUCAGACCUGAAUCUAUGUAUGUGACAGGUCCACUGAUGUCAGGAACAUAUUUGGAAUGAUAUUUGCAGUAAGAUACUAUUCAUUGUAAAGAAAGGAAUUGGAAGUUGGUUCCUGAUAAUUCAGCUUUAUAAAAAAAAUCCACUUAUUUUUGACAAUUCAGAAAUUAAGGAGACUUGGAUCUUGGCCGAUCAGUUGUAGAACUGGAAAUUGGAACUCUCCAUUCUAAUUUGGAGUCUGCUGCUAACAGCACAUAGCCAUGAAAUCCAAUACUCAGGGUGUGUGUGAAAAGACUUAUGGAAUUAUUCUUCAGAUGAUGGAGGGUGUACUGAUGUCACAUGUGCUAGACUGAAGCUUUUUUA